CCCCCUCCACCCCAGCAUGCCUCGCGGGGCCCAGCUUCACGCCGCAGGGCUCCGAGACGUCCUUCGACUGCAGCCACUGCGGAAAGUCACUGCGCUCCCGCAAGAACUACAGCAAGCACAUGUUCAUCCACUCCGGUCAGAAGCCGCAUCAGUGCAGCAUCUGCUGGCGCUCAUUCUCUCUGCGUGACUAUCUGCUGAAGCACAUGGUGGUGCACACGGGUGUGCGUGCGUUCCAGUGCUCCGUCUGCAGCAAGCGCUUCACGCAGAAGAGCUCUCUGAACGUUCACAUGCGCACACACUGUGUGGAGCGCACCUUCACCUGCGGCGUCUGCCACCGCGCCUUCACCCACCGCACGCUGCUCGAGAGACACGCCCUGCAGCACCACACGCCCGCCAAACCACCCACCAAUCACCUGCAGCAGGGCGGGGCCAGCGGACCCGGCUCCGCCUCCUAGAGACAGGGACGACCGGUGGGAGAGAGAGGAGGAGCAAUCCCAGGAGCUUUAACACUCGCACACUCACACUCACACACACACACACAC